UUUGAUAUUAGGGUUCUUCUACUCGCGAUUCGUCUCUUCGAUCAUAGGCGAUCGAUUGUUCUGAGAUAUCAUCUCCGUCUCGUAAUUGCCGGAGCCUGAUCGAAUCGAAUUGUGUGGUUCAGGCGAAACAUGGUGGUGAUCACCCUGAGGAUUUUGAAUUCAGCUUUAAUCCGAUCGCUUCCGCUUGACUUCAUCAGGAUUUCGAUUUCGUUGAAUGAGAAGGGGGAGAGAUCGGUGGAGGAGGUUGGGGGCGUGGAUGAAGGAGGGAACGUGAAUGUGUUGACGACAAAGAUGGCACUUGUUGGUGUUGGUGCACGUGCCUUGUUCUAUCCAACGCUGGUUUACAACGUUGUGAGGAAUAAGGUUGACUCUGAGUUUCAUUGGUGGGAUAGGGUUGCUCAGUUUAUAUUACUGGGAGCUGUUCCGUUUCAGUCUGAUGUUCCAAGGCUGAAAGAGCUCGGUGUUUGUGGAGUGAUCACUCUCAAUGAGCCUUAUGAGACUUUGGUUCCAUCUUCUCUCUACAAAUCGUACUGCAUUGACCAUCUGGUGAUUGCCACGAGAGAUUAUUGUUUCGCACCUUCCAUGGAAGCUAUAUGCCAAGCUGUAGAUUUUAUCCACAGAAAUGCAUCCUUUGGGAAGACGACUUAUGUUCAUUGCAAGGCGGGUCGUGGCCGCAGCACAACUGUCGUCAUAUGCUACUUGGUUUGUGUUACAAUGAAUCCCAUAGACAUGUUUUUUCUCUCUCUGAUUAUAUAUAUAUUUUUAAUACAGGUGCAACACAAACACAUGACACCUGAAGCAGCUUAUGAUUAUGUAAAGUCAAUCAGGCCCAGGGUUAAAUUAGCUACCACCCAAUGGAAGGCCGUUCUUGAGUACUACCAUGUCAAGGUGCUGAACACUCAGAGUUCCUUACCUGAUGAUGCAACCUCAGCUCUUAUCCCAAGAAAUGUGAAGCAGGUUUGUUCUGGGAAUGUGGUUGUGUUUGAUGAUGGGUCGAUGGUGCUAGUGACCCACUCCGAUGUAGAGGGCUAUGAUGAGAGGUCAAUGAAUGUUGCUGGGAACGAGUUAUGGGCUGCAGCUGCAGAUCUGAGCAUGGUGUACCGGGUGAAAGUGGUGGGGCAAGCUGCGUUAGCGAGGAUCUCGUGCCUGUGGCUGGGAUUGCGUGAGAAUCACAAGCUUUCUGGGAAGAAUCUUUCCAUGAGAGGUAUAAGCGUCGACAUUUCUGUCUACUGA